AUGCAAUCUUCCCAGGCAGCCGUCAUCACCCGCUCAUUGGGUUAUGCUGACUUCAUCACCAACUGGCCCAUCCCAUCCCUCCGCGACGAUGACAUUCUCGUGCGCACCGGUGCCGUGGCCCUGAAUCCAAUCGACUGGAUGCUCCUUGAUAGUACCCCAUCCCCCCACGCAAUCAUGGGCCAUGACUAUGCGGGAACUGUUGUGGCAGUUGGAGACUCCGUCCGUGAACUGUUCAAGAUUGGUGACCGCGUGUGUGGACUUGUCAAGGGGGCAGACAAUACCCGCCCCGAGAGCGGUACCUUUGCAGAAUAUAUUGUAGCAAAAGCGGCGAUUCAGAUGAAGAUCCCAGACGGCGUCAGCUUUGAGGAUGCGGCCACUUUAGGAGUGGGAGCAAUUACAGCUGGGCAGUGUUUGUUCGGACCAUCUUGUCUCAAACUGCAAUGGCCGGAAAAUGAAAGUAAUGUUGAGAAGCGAGAACCGAUUCUAGUAUAUGGAGGAGCCACAUCAGCCGGGAGCUGGAUUAUUCAGUUUGCUAAAAUGGCCGGGUACACCGUUCUCACAACAUGUUCGCCAAACAACUUUGAUCUGGUUCGCCAAUACGGAGCAGAUGUAGUCUUCGAUUAUCUCGAUCCUAUGUGCGCCCGAAAGAUCCGCGAGCACACCAACAAUACCCUCAGAGUCGUCUGCGAUGCUGUGGCAACUCAGGAGUCUGUGCAGAUUUGUGAAGCGACUAUCGGUGACGCAGGAGGCCUGUAUCACUCCUUGCUCCCAGUGCAAACUGCGCGCCCAGACGUGGAGGCCACUUUCUCUAACUCCUGUACGGCGAUUGGCGAACCGUUUGAGUAUGGCCCUGAUCGCAUGGUAAUCCCCAGCGUGCCAGCAGAGUUCGAGUUUGCCAAGAAAUGGGCAGGGAUCGUGAGCACGCUGUGGUCUCAGGGAAAGAUCCGGACACUGGUCGUUGAAAAGCGUGACGGGGGACUGAGGAAGGUUUUGGAUGGCCUGAGAGAUUUGAAGAAUCGUUCUGUUAGGGCUCGGAAGCUGGUGUACCUUGUUUCUGAGACUUAG